CAUAUGCGCCGCACUCGCUCCACGUAAUUGUGCGCGCUACUCAUACUCUCCUACACAGUGCAACGAUGGCAACCAUGGUGAACAUGAAUAGCCUCCUCAAUGGAAAAGACUCACGUUGGCUUCAACUCGAAGUGUGCCGCGAGUUCCAACGCAAUAAGUGUUCGCGACCAGACACCGAGUGCAAGUUCGCACAUCCCCCGGCAACCGUCGAAGUACAGAAUGGAAGGGUCACCGCUUGCUACGAUAGCAUCAAGGGUCGGUGUAACCGCGAGAAGCCGCCCUGCAAGUAUUUCCACCCGCCGCAGCAUCUCAAAGAUCAGCUUCUCAUCAACGGUCGGAAUCACCUAGCACUAAAGAACGCUUUAAUGCAGCAGAUGGGGUUGACGCCGGGCCAGGUGCUGCCUGGCCAAGUUCCAACUGUGGCGACGUCGCCAUACUUAUCGGGCGUACCCGGCGUAGGGUCGACGUAUGCCCAAUAUUAUGCGCCUCAGCUGGUGCCAGCAGUACUCGGCCACGACCCGGCGGCCGCAGCGGCUUCGCCGCUAGGCGUGAUGCAGCAACCAGUGCUGCAGCAAAAAUUGCCGCGCACUGACCGUCUCGAGGUGUGCCGGGAGUUCCAGCGCGGCGCGUGCAAGCGCGCCGAGUCCGAGUGUCGCUUCGCACACCCGCCGCCGCCCGUUGUCGCGCACGACGACGGCUGUGUCACGGUGUGCAUGGACGCCGUCAAGGGCCGCUGCGUCCGCGACCCCUGCCGCUAUUUCCACCCUCCCCUGCACCUGCAGGCGCACCUUAAGGCGCAGGCGCGCGGCGCGGUACGCCACCAGGCUGCACGCUCUCGCCUCGCUCGCUCGCGCUCGCUUGUCUUCUUCCGCUUGGUCUCGCUCGCCAUGGACAUGAAAAGCGUCGGAUCCUUCUAUUACGAUAACUUCGCCUUCCCAGGAGUGGUGCCGUACAAGCGACCCGCAGCGGACAAAGCCGGAGUUCCCGUGUACCAGCCGGCGACCACGUACCAGCAACUGAUGCAGCUCCAGCAGCCGUUCGUGCCCGUGUCAUUUACUGGACACCCUCCCGGUGUGCCAAGAUUUUAAUCGACAAGGAUGUACGAGACCUACCUGCAGAUUCGUUCAUAUUCGUGAAGGUAUGAUAUUUUUAUACCGUUAAGUUUUAUCCGAAAUCAAUUGUGAAGUAAAAUAUUUUUAUAACUGUUUAUAUGACUACUAAAAUUGAUAAAUGUCCACAGUUGAGAAUACAAUCUAAUCGAUUUAAUAAAACCUGCAUGAAUACAUUGUUCCAAGUUCCUGCAGAUUUCCUUCUUUUUGCAUGAUCUGUCACUAAUAUGUAGGUUAGAUCUUUAAGAACGAUUAGUCCUUAUUAGUUACAAAAUAUUAGCGUAGCCUAUUUAAAAGUAGUUUUGUAUUUUAUUAGAAAAAUCUCGUCGUUGUUGUUAUCAAUAAUUAGAUCUAAUGUAGCCGUUUUAGAUAAAUAGAACGAAAUUCAGUAUC